AUGGAAAUCGAACCCGUACUCGAUCAAGCCAAUCCACCCCCAUCACUCAAUACACUGCUGCUAGAAGUUCGAUUCAAGAUAAUCAAAAACCUGCUCAUCAAUCCUAUUCUAGAAGAAUUUGAAUCUAUUCUGGGACACUACCAUGUCCGGCCUCAAGAUAACCAUGGUAUCAAAUACUAUUUGCAUCCUGCAAUUCUCAGAGUCUGUCGACAGAACUACGAGGACGGAUGCGAGAUCUUGUAUUCUCAAACGUUUUUCCUGUGCUGUAAUAGACACUUGAUAAGCAUGGAUUGCAAAGAAAUCAAAGAAACAACACAACCAGCGUUUCAAAAGGUUCGAGGGUGGAUAAUAGUCAUUAACUCGUACACGGAUGGCAAGAGACCAAGACCGGAGUAG